AGUGUUUACUUCCGCCGGCCUAGACCCGGGGCCGGGAGAUGUUGCACGUGGGCUUCCUUGUAUGGAGUUCGUCGACGAUGUGACGACCCUGGGUAACACUGGGACAGGCCUUAGAGGGUGAGAAUGUGGGUCCCAGGGGUGGGACUUCCCUCGCGGCUGAUGCUGUCAGCCUUGACCCGCGCUGCGCGCUUUUGCAUUUUGAAGUCGGGAGCGGUGAGGCGGAUGGACGUCCCGGCGGGGAACCGCCGUGGCUUGUCUGACUACUACCCACACCUGAUGCCCAGUGUGGGAUUCGGAAAAUCGUCCUCGCGUGUGUACAGAUGCCGCUCAGAGACCAAGCGGUACAUAACCAGCCCGAGAGUGGCUGAGACCUUGGUGCGGAUUCUGCGGGGAAAACGAAAAUCUUGCCAGCUAUUCCUGGAGUGCAAUCCAGGUCCUGGAAUCCUGACACGAGCGUUGCUUGAAAGUGGUGCCAAAGUGAUUGCCCUUGAAAGUGACAAGACUUUUAUUCCACAAUUGAAGUCCUUAGGAAAAAAGGUGAAUGGAAGACUAGAAGUGGUCUACUGUGACUUCUUUAAACUGGAUCCUAGAAGUCGUGGAUUACUAACACCUCCCAUUAUGACUUCAGAUAUGCUUUUUCAGUAUUUGGGAAUAGAAGCACAGCCUUGGUCAAAAGGUGCCCCUUUAAAAGCAAUUGGGAUCUUACCACCUAAAAAUGAGAGAAAUGCACUUUGGAAACUUUUACAUGACCUAUAUUCCUGUACUUCUGUAUAUAAAUAUGGACGAGUAGAACUAAAUUUGUUUAUUACUGAAAAGGAAUGCCGGAAAAUAAUGGCAAAUCCCCAAAAUCCAGGCUUGUAUCAAGCAUUAAGUGUGCUCUGUCAAAUAGCUUGUGGGAUUAAGCUCUUGCAUACAGAGUCUUGCUUAUCAUUUGGCACAUAUACCGCAAAUGGGCAGCUGGCAAAGCAAAAGCAUAGGGAAUCAUUAGAACAAAACCUGUGUUUUAUUCAACUGACUCCUCAUAAAGAUUUAUUUACGGGAACCUUAACACCUUUUAACUACGAUGUGUUUUUUCACAUGUUAAGGCAGUGUUUUAUGAAACGCGGUGCCAAGCUAAUAGACCAUUUACAUUCAUUGAGUCCAAUUGAUGCAAUGCAUAUAUUGAAGCAAAUUAAAAAAAGUAAAGAUGUGAAAGUAAUAGAUAUGUACCCUGAAGACUUUCAGCACCUUUUUGAAACCAUAGAGUGUUACAAAGAUGAUAACUAUAAGUGGCUAUAUGAUGACUUCAUGGAAGAUGUGAUCAUAUAGAGAAGUGGACUGAUAAGACAUUAACCGGAGCUGUUUAUUUAUUUGGAAAUUAUGGCACAAAUGAAAAAGAACCGAGUUUGAAAAGCUCACAUCCUCUCAACAGAAGAUAACUGUUCUUGUUUUGCACAGCUAGGCAGAUCAUUUCUUGUGCCGUUGAUACCAUUACUGUAUUGGAUAAAAUAAUGGCUGCUAUUUUAUUCAAACUGAAUAAAAGGAAAACUUCAGUUAA